GCGACUGAAGCAGGUGAGAGAGAGGGAAACGGCGAGAGGGAGGGAUAGUCGGUGAUACUUUUCUGCACUUCAACACACACGGACACACAUACGGUGUGGGAGGACGACAGACUCCGACCUCAGCAGAGCCGCUGUUGUUCACGCGCUGUGCUCUUUUCCUCCCCCUGGCACCGCGCGCACUCGCCAAAGCCGCACUGUUUGGAGAUAGUCCGCGCGGAAAGUUUUUUUGGAGCAUACUGUCUGGAGCCGAUAAAUUGUUGCAUCUGUUUUUGUUUUUUCCUUUUUUACUGCGAGGCGGAUGAUUUACUUUUUUGCAUGUGAAUAUUUUUUAAGUCUCGUUGAGGAGUUGUCACAGUCUCUUCUGCGCAGAAUGGAAGGUAAAUUGACAAGUCGUUUGUGGCGAGGAUCACCGUGUGGAUCUGUCCGCAGGUAAAUGCGCUAUGACCUGAGCGAGUAAAGCCGCUGGAUUUAAUGUUCAUAACAAGAUUUGACUUGUUGACGAUUUGACGUAGUCUUAAAUAUAAUCUGGAACAGUUUUUUUUUUUUUUUUUUUUACUUUAAAUAGGAGGCACAAAGAAGGCCUAUGUCCAUCUAAAGAGAUCUACAAAGUGCACGCGACGGUUCCGCCAGUGGCACUGUGGGUUUGGGUUUGUGUAGAUGCUUUUCCUUUGACAUAGUCUCCACAAAGUCACGCACUGAUCCGAUAAAAGACACUGAUCGAUCCCCGCUGUCUCUGUGGACAUUUUCACAUUCCCUGCUGUCUUGUACCAGUUCUUUAAGCUGUUUUUUUUGCGCACGGAGCGCAUGAUUACUGAUUGUUGGCGUCCGUGUUCACCAAAACACCAAACCUGAACAAGUCUUAGCAUUUAAUUUUCUUCACACUCGACCAAGCACUUUCACCCCCCUGUAAGAGAUCGGGAUAAAACGACAAGAUUUGUCUUCACCACAGCGGAAAAGGAAACUUAAAUCCACCUGGCCUGCACUGGGAUUACUGGUUUGAUAUCGUCUCCAGAAAGUGGAAUAUACCUCUAACGGGCUGUGCUCCCCGAUCAGCAGCAGCAUGAACCUGGGACUGAGCUGUGUGUGUCGGCCGGUUUGCUGGCUUUUGGGCGGUGUGUUGGACUCCAGACAUUGUGUCUUUGCCCUCACGAUCCUCACACUUCUCAUGCAGGUGGUGGUGGAGGCCAACUCAUGGUGGUCUUUAGCCAUGAACCCUUUGCUGAUCCCAGAGGCCUACAUCAUUGGUGCUCAGCCUCUGUGCAGCCAGCUGGUGGGCUUGUCACAGGGCCAGAAGAAGCUCUGCCAGCUCUACCAGGACCACAUGCAGUACAUCGGUGAAGGCGCCAAAACAGGCAUCAGAGAGUGCCAGUACCAGUUCAGACAUCGGCGCUGGAACUGCAGCACCGUGGACAACUCCUCUGUUUUUGGACGGGUCAUGCAAAUAGGCAGUCGAGAAACGGCUUUCACUUACGCUAUCAGCGCAGCUGGGGUGGUCAACGCAGUGAGUCGUGCGUGCAGAGAAGGGGAGCUUUCCAGCUGUGGGUGCAGUCGUGCAGCUCGGCCCAAAGACCUGCCCCGAGACUGGCUGUGGGGCGGCUGUGGCGACAACCUGAACUACGGCUACAGGUUCUCCAAGGAGUUCGUGGACGCACGUGAGAGGGAGAAAAGCUACCCCAAAGGCUCGUAUGAGAGCGCUCGGCUGCUGAUGAAUCUACACAAUAAUGAGGCCGGGAGAAGGACGGUGUCAGACCUGGCUCAUGUGUCCUGUAAAUGCCACGGUGUGUCAGGUUCAUGUAGCCUGAAGACCUGCUGGCUGCAGCUGGCUGACUUUCGCAAGGUGGGUGAUGCACUGAAGGAGAAGUAUGAUAGUGCUGCUGCCAUGAAGCUCAACUCGCGUGGGAAGCUGGUGCAGUUGCACAGCAAGUUCAAUGCCCCCACAAACCACGACCUGGUGUACCUGGAGUCCAGUCCAGACUACUGCCUGAAGAACCAAAGCACUGGCUCCCUCGGCACCGUAGGGCGCCUUUGCAACAAGACCUCAGAGGGCAUGGAUGGGUGUGAGCUAAUGUGCUGCGGCCGUGGUUACGACCAAUACAAGGCCCAGAUAGUGGAGCGCUGCCACUGCAAGUUCCACUGGUGCUGCUACGUCAAGUGCAAGCGCUGCACCAAAAUCGUAGACCAAUUCGUCUGUAAGUGAGAAGAGGAGCCUUAACUUGUGCGAUUUCUUGCAGACGAUGGGCAUACAUCUGUGUGUGUUCGUGAGCUGAGGAGCAAAGAAGUUGAACACAGAGAAAGAAUGGAAGAAAGAAACUAUAUAAAUUAUAUUUAUAGAGUUAAACAAUUAUGCCUUUGCAAAAAGACUGACUCUUUUUUAAAAAAACAAA